GUUGCUGCCGCCGGAUAUCCGCAUGAAGGUUGGCGACGUGCACGUUCUGCAACCGCCGCGCCGUCCUCUGGAACUUCUACAGCAUGUCGCGCACGACGAGGAGGAGGAGGAGGAGGCGGGAGAGGACGCGACGGGCGGAAGCCUCCGUCGACGCGCCGCCCGUCCCCGUGAAGCGACGGAGGCUGGAGGUCGAGAAGAAGUGCUUCGACCCGCUCUCGCAGCAUCUCACGUGGUGUCCGUGGAUCUCGUCUCGACUACGUCGCCGUGCAUUGCCGCGGCAACCGAAAGGGCGCGGUGGCGAUUCCGGGCGGCAGACGACAAGCCCGCAGAAAGACGGCGAAUACGAAGAGAGUGUACGCAGCUAAUACUGCAGAUAAACGCACUCUACACGGUGUACGACAUGCAUGUCAACGCUUUGCAGAUUCCUAGUCACUGUGUAGAGAUGUCAAGGGUCGGGGUUAUUCCACUACUGCUCAACAUAUACCAAGAACGAGAACACAACUAUGGCAUUCUCAUCGUCAUAGCGAGGAUCAUUGGCAACUUUGCUCUCAAUGAAGAACUACAUAUACCUUUGUACCAAGCAGGUUGGGUGACCAUUUUAGCUCACUGGAUACGCUCACCAAACCUGAAGUUAUCCAUACAAGCCAGUAGAGCACUGGCCAACAUUGACAGAGAUUUUGGUGGGAAAAAAUACGAGAAGGGUAUCUACCUUGUGUACCCGGAAUAUAGAACAGAUCACAUGCUGUGUGCGGACGUCGUCUUCGUCCACGGCCUGCUCGGCGGUCCGUUCAAGACGUGGCGGCAGGGUAAGCGGGAGCCGGUGGCUGCGAGUGGACCCGUCUCCGCCGAACCCCUCGUUGCCGACGACGACGGUGCCGAGGACAUGAAGAACGACGCCGGAUACACGGAGUGCUGGCCAAAGGAUUGGUUGCCACAGGACUUUCCUAAUGUUCGGGUGCUGAUGGUGGGAUAUGAUACAUACCUCAGUGCUUGGGGAGAGAAGUGUCCACAUGGGACAGCAAAACGGUCGUUGGACCAGAGAGCCACUAAGAUGUUGCAGAAGCUGAAGGCUGCGGGCGUUGGCGAGCGACCAAUCAUAUUCGUCACACACUCGAUGGGAGGUUUGCUGGUGAAGCAGAUGCUUUUCCACGCGAUGAGAGACCCAAACAUGGAGGGCCUCUUCACGAACACACGCAGUGUGGUGUUCUACAGCACUCCCCAUCGCGGCUCCUCCCUCGCCUCCAAGACGGAGCAAGCUAAGUACCUCCUCUAUCCCUCCGUAGAGGUGAAGGAACUAGUCAGCGAUUCGCCAAAACUGCUGAAACUUCACGACGAGUUUAUAAACAUCGCGAAAAUCCAUAACAUCUCUGUGCUGAGCAUUGGAGAGAUGAGCAAAACCCCUAUAGGUCCGAGAGGAGCCAUCGAAACACACAUCGUGCCACCCACGUCGGCCGAUCCUGGGAUCGGUGACUUCCACCUGGUGACGGACAACCACCUGUACGUGUGCAAGCCUCGCGCGCCGUCGAGUCCCGCCUAUCGCCUCCUGGUGGAGCAUCUCAGCCGGAUCGUUCCCCGCGACCUUGAGCUGCACAUCGCGCAGGCCAGCUCAGAGGAUCACCUCUUCCUCGACAUGUUCCACAUGAGCUGAUGAGGAUGAAGGGGCCGGGAGCAAAUUCACGGCCGUCCUUUAAUAUGCCGCUGUCGCUCCCAUCGAGUGACGGCGUUCGUCGUUUACGCAGCCGCGGCCGCCGUUAAGGUCAAGACACACUGCAGCGACAACGACCGACCGAAACGACAAACGACUUUUCAGAAAAUUAGAAACUAUUGUUUC